AUGGAAAAACAGUUUAGCGUUCCUGUUGGUCCCGAAGUCGAAGGAGAAACUCCUAUUCGCCGUUCUUUGAUUUCUCCAAAACAACUUAUAGAUUCUCCUUCUGAGAGCAUUAAAACUUUAUAUGAUGUAAUGCAAUAUGGUAUCAACACUUAUGGUUCUAGUAAAUCAGCCAUGGCCUAUAGAAAAAUUGAAAAAAUAAUUGAGGAAGAAAAAGAAGUGACUAAAAUCGUUGGGGGUGAAGAAACUAAGGAAAAGAAAAUUUGGAAAUAUUUUCAAUUGUCGCCAUAUAUUUAUUUAAGCUAUACAGAUAUUGGAGAAGAAAUUAAAAAUCUCGGAUCUGGUUUGGCAAAUCUUGGUUUGCAACCCAAUAAUAAGAUAACAGUUUAUUCAACCACUAGGCAAAGUAUCACUAUUGUUACAGCAUACGAGACUCUAGGAGAAGACGGUCUUUUACAUUCUAUGAACGAAUCGGAGGUUAAAGGCAUGUUCACCAACGCUGAUCUGCUUCCAACGGCUGAAAAAGUUGCCGGAAAAGUUCCAACGCUUCAAUAUAUUAUCUAUGAUGGUGAAGAUUCAAAAGGAAUCGCUAACAAUUUAAAGACUAAUCAUCCAGGAAUUAAAAUAUUAACCUUGGAUGAACUCAAGCAAUCAGGCAAAGAACAACAGGUGGAUCCAAUUCCACCAAAAGCGGAUGAUUUAUGUUGUAUUAUGUAUACAUCUGGUAGUACAGGGAAUCCAAAAGGUGUCUUGUUGAGCCAUGGAAAUUUAGUAGCUGCGG